AUGGCUGUAUACUUUUGGAGAUGGAUCAACAAAGUACUGUUAAGAGUAACACCUAAUCGAUACGGAAAAGUACUAGACCUCAAGAUAAAACUAGAACAAGGAUGCGAACGCGAAGCACGAGAUCUGAUUUACAAAUGGUCCCUAGUUCUGCAACCAGUGGAAGUGACCAGUAUUAUGCGGCAAGCGCUAUUGAAUGAUAAACCAUUCAUCAUAGAAGCUUGUUUAAAAUCAUAUCCUAGACUCGAAGAAACCAGUCUAGACAUGGUUUUAACAUUAGCCAUUCAAGAUCAUCACGAAGAAAUUAUCAAAAGAAUAACAACUUCCGAUAGUUUGGUCAAUACGUUGCGAAAAGGAACAAGGGUCAAUAUCAGAGUAGCCAUUUUGUACAGACGUAUCGAUAUUCUUACUCAAUUAAUAAAUUUGGGGGCGAGUAAAUAUCUAUUGAUGUACGAAGGACAUGAGCUUCUAGAAAGGGCCAUGGAAUGUGAGAAUUUAGAUUAUUUACAUCUAUUAUUAAAUACCGGCAUAAACGUUAAUGCAAAAAACACUUUUGGGUCAACGGCAUUAAUGCACGCUGUUGAUUGGGGCGAUAUAUCGGUUAUUCAAUUACUAUUGGAAGCUAACGCCGACCCAAAUAUAAUAAAUCAUUUCGAUCAAACACCCUUAUAA